GGAAAUGGAAGACGCCUUGCCGAUUAGAUACACUCAGGCAUUUGAUCUUCAGAGUCUAGGUUUGUCAAAGGAUCUGUUCAAACCAGGAAACCUUGGCUUUGAGUCAGAGAAAUACCUAUCCUUGAAGGAAGGAGGAGAGCUAGUCAUUGUAGAUAUUGGUGCUGGAUUUGCUGUAACGAGGAAGACAAUGAAAGCUGAACAUAUCCUUGUUCACCCAUCUAAUCUUAUCAUUGCCGCCAGAGCUAAAGGAACUGGAGCGAGCAACUUCAUCCAAAUCUUUGAUAUGAAGAACGAAAAGAGAAUCUCCCAAUGAGAGAUUAAAGAAGAUAUUGACUAUUGGACUUGGCUCAAUAACACUACUUUGGGAGUUGUAGGCUCUUCUUCAGUAUACCAUGUUGACCCUAAAUCUGGAACUGCCACUAAGAUCUUUGCUAGGUCUGAUAAGCUCUCUGGAAGCCAUAUCAUGGGCUACUCUAUGUCUCAUAACGGUACUUGGGCCAUCCUUCAUGGCAUCAAGGCAGCUGAGGAUAAGUCAAUCCAAGGAAAUAUGCAGUUGUACUCUAUUGAGAAGUCCCAGCAACAGCCAUUGGAAGGAUUCUGUGGAUCAUUCGCUGAGGUCUGUGUGAACGAUGACCCUGAAUACAAGAACUCAUUGUUCUGCUUCGUUGAGAAGAAGGCAGGACAGCCAAACUCUACCUUGAGAGUUAUGGAAAUCGGAAACCCUAAUGGAUCUGAUGGAAAAUUCAAGCAAAGCGCUCAGUUUACUUAUGCACCAGAAGCCCAAGGAGAUUUCCCAGUUGUUGUGCAUGCUGUUGAGAAGUCUGGAAUCCUUUUUGUUAUCACAAAGCUAGGAUACUUAUUUGUUUAUGUGAUUGGAAGCGCAGCUUUGAUUUACCGCCAGAAAAUUACUGCUUCACUUAUCUUCAGAUCUGUGAAGAACUCUAAGACUGAUGGAGCUAUUUGCUGUAAUAGAGACGGACAGCUCUUGGCAAUCAAUGCUGAUCAACCAAACUUGAUCUCAUACAUUAUGAACAAGUGCACUCAUCUGACUGAUAAUGUAGGAAUUGCUUUCAAGAUGGCUCAUAGAUAUUCUCUUCCAGGAGCUGAGAAUCUUUUCUUAGCCCAGUUCAACAAGCUCUUUGGCUCAGGAGAUUAUAAGGGAGCUGCCAAGGUUGCUAGAGAAGCUCCAGGAGACACUUUGAGGAAUGCUGAUACCAUCCAGAAAUUCAAGAGUGCCACUGCUGCUAGUGGACCUCCACCAGUGCUAAUUUACUUCUCUACACUCCUUGAAACAACCAAGCUCAAUGCCCUAGAAUCAGUAGAACUUGUAAAACCAGUUCUUGCCCAAGGAAAGAAAGCUGCUGUUGAAGACUGGAUUAAAAAGAAGAAGCUGACUGUUACUGACGAAUUGGUAGAAAUUGUUAAACAAUACGAUCCAAAGCUAGGAUUUAAUCUUACACUUAUGUCAGACAACCCAGAUAUGGUCGUUCAAGGACUUGUAGAGGGUCAGCAAUUUGAUAAGAUCCAACCAUACUUGAAAAAGACAGGCAAACAAGUAGAUUAUCUCAACAUCUUGAGAAACGUUACUCCAAGGAACUCUGAAGCUGCUCUGGGACUUUCUAAGUGGCUCUUUGCUCAAGGACCAAACAUGGUUCCGACUGAGACUGUUGUCACUAUCUUCCUUGAUAACAAUGCUAUCCAGGAGGCUACUGCUUUCAUGCUUGAAGCUUUGAAGAACAACAGACCAGAAGAAGGACAUCUCCAGACUAAGCUCUUUGAGAUCAAUCUUAGAGCUGCUCCAAAUGUUGCUGAAGCCAUCUUCCAGAUGCAGACCUUUACUCACUACGACCGUGAGAAAAUCGGAAAAAUGUGUGAAGCAGCUGGUCUCUACGGAAGAGCUCUUGAGCAUUUAAAUAAUGUUGAUGACAUUAAGAGAGCCCUUUUGAAUGUCCACGCUAUUCCAGCACCACAGAUGAUUGCAGUCUUCAAAAGAUUAGAGCCAGAAGAUGCCCUUCAAUCUCUCGAUGAGCUCAUGAGAAGCAACAGACAGAAUGUUCAGAGAGUAGCUGAAGUUGCUAUUGGAGAUUUCGAAAGGCUUGACAGCUCAAAGAUCAUUCAAUUGUUUGAGCACUACCAAGCUUAUGACGGUCUCUUCUACUAUCUCGGACAUAUCCUCCCACAGACCGAAGAUGAGGAAUGCUAUUUCAAGUAUAUCCAAGCUGCAGCUAGAUUGAAUAAGAUUCAGGAAUUAGAGAAGGUAAUUAAGAGUACUUCUCACUACGAUCCAGUAAAGGUUAAAGACUUCUUGAUGGAUACUCCUCUGCAGGAUCCAAGACCUUUGAUCUAUCUCUGUGAUCUCCAUGGCUUUGUUCCUGAAUUGACUAGAUACUUGUACAAGAACAAGAAGAACAGAUUCAUUGAAAUUUACGUGCUAAAGGUUAAUAACGCUGCUGCUCCAAAAGUAUUGGGAACCUUGAUUGACCUUGACUGCGACGAGAUUUAUAUUAAACAAUUGCUCAACUCUAUUAGAAUGUGCCCAAUUGGAGAAUUAGUCGAAGAAUUUGACCAGAGAAAUAAGAGAAGAGAUCUCCAGAGCUGGCUUCAAGCUAGAGCAAAUGAAGGUGUUAAUGAGCCAGCCCUUCAUAAUGCGAUUGCCAUGAACUUGAUCGAUAACGAUACUCAAGAAGCUGAGAAUCAUCUUAUCAACAACCCACACUAUGACUCUAAAGUUGUUGGUAAAUAUGCUGAAGAUAGAAAUGCUGAUCUCGCAUUUAUUGCUUACAGAAGAGCUUGGGGAUCAUGUGAUGAAGAAUUGAUUGAAAUUUCAAACAGAAAUUACCUGUACAGACUUCAAGCAAAAUACUUAGUUGAGAGAAAAGACGAAGAACUCUGGUCUAAGGUUUUGAACCAGGAUAAUGAGCACAAGCAAGCUGUCAUUGAUAAGGUAGUCCAAGUCGCUCUCCCAGAAAGUGAUAAUACUGAGGAAGUCGCAACAACAGUCAAGGCUUUCAUGGAUGCUGAUAUGCCAAGUGAACUGAUAGAAUUACUAGAGAAGAUUGUUCUUCACAACAGUGACUUCUCAUCUAAUCAAGAUCUACAGAACUUGUUGGUUUUGACUGCUAUCAAAGCUGACAGAACAAAGGUUAUGGAUUACGUUAACAGACUAGAUAACUUUGAUGGAGAACAUCUUGCUGAGAUUGCUUUGAAUGACAAAUACCAACUCUAUGAAGAAGCCUUAGCUAUCUACAGGAAAUGCAAUAGACCAGACAAAGCUGUUGAUGUUUUGAUCACUUAUAUGCAAGAUCUCACUGGAGCACAAGAAUUUGCUGAGAAAGCUAACAAACCAGAAGUAUGGAGUGCUCUUGGUGCAGCAUACUUGAACAAUGCUCAGACUGAAGACUGUAUUGAUUGCUUCUGCAAAGCUAAAGAUGCUAGUCAUUCUGCUAGAGUUAUUGAUCUUGCUGAAUCUCAGAAUCUCUUUGCCCCAUUAAUCAAGUACUUGUCGAUGGCAAGACAAGUGAACCAUAGAGACACUGAUAUUGAUGGAGAAUUGGUCUAUGCUUACGCUCAGACUGACAGACUAGAUGAACUUGAAGAUUUCAUUAAUGAGCCAAACCAGGCUGAUAUCCAAAAAGCAGGAGACAGAUGUUACGAAGAAAGAUUGUUCUAUGCUGCAAAGAUCUUGUACAUCAGCAUUGGACAUAAUCAGAAACUCGCCUCUACCUUGGUCUUCUUGAAGGAAUACCAAGCUGCUCUUGAGGCUGCAAAGAAAGCCAACAUUCCAAAGGUAUGGAAGGAAGUAGCAUUUGCUUGUGUUAGAUCUCAAGAAUUCAGACUUGCCUCUAUUGCUGGUCUCAAUAUAGUUAUUCACCCAGAUAACUUGGAUGAUUUGAUUCAACACUAUGAAAAAUUUGGAUACUUCAAGGAAUGCAUGAACUUGCUUGAGUCAUCUCUCGGACUUGAGAGAGCUCAUAUGGGAAUCUACACUGAACUAGGUGUACUCUAUGCCAAAUAUGAGCCAGGAAGAUUAAUGGAUCAUAUCAGAACCUACGCUCAAAAGAUCAACAUCCCAAAACUCAUUAGAGCUUGUGGAAAGUGGCAUAUGUGGGAAGAGACAGUCUUCUUGUAUUCUCAAUAUGAAGAAUUUGACAAUGCUGUAUUGACAAUGAUGGAACACUCUCCAUCUUGCUGGAGACAUGACUUGUUCGUGCAGAACAUCUUGAAGGUUGCCAACCAAGACCUCUUCUAUAGAGCAAUGAUCUUCUACCUUGAAGAGCAGCCAAUGCUUGUGAAUGACCUUCUCAAGCUACUUGCUAUGAAGAUUGAUCUUCUAAAAUGUGUAAGCGUAAUGAGAAAGGCAGGACACCUUGCUCUGAUUGAACAGUUCUUGAAGAGCGUUCAGAACCAAAACGUUGGUGCUGUAAACGAGGCUCUGAAUGAAAUCUACGUUGAAAACGAGGACUAUGAGAGCUUGAGAGCCUCAAUCACCGAGUAUGACAACUUCGAGUCACUCAACCUUGCUGGACAAAUCGAGAACCAUGAGCUUCUUGAGUUCAGAAGAAUUGCUGCUAUUAUUUACAGAAAGAACGAGAAAUGGGACAGAUCCCUUGAGAUCUCCAAGAAGGAUGAGCUCUGGAAGGAUUCUAUUGAGACAGUCUCUGAGAGUGGAGAUAUGAAGCUCACUGAAGAGCUUCUCAGAUUCUUUAUGGAGACUGGAGAGAAGGAACUCUUUGCCUCCAUGCUUUACACUUGUUAUGAACUUAUCAAGCCAGAUGUCGCUAUGGAGGUAGCCUGGAGAUUCGGGCUUAUUGAGUACGCUAUGCCAUAUUACAUUCAAUUCAUGAAAGACCUUAGUUCGAGAGUUGAAGGAGUACAGAAGAAGACUGACGAAAUUGAGAAGAACAAGGAUGCCAAGGCUGCUGAAGAGGCUGAAGGCAGACUUCAGGACAUUGAUAUGGGCUUCAUGUUCCCUGGCGUGGGCGGAAAUGGCAUGCAAGCUAUUAUGGCUGCUCCUGGCCAGAUGAACAUGGGAGGAGGCGCAUUCCCUCAAAGCAAUCCAAAUAUGGGUGGAGGAUUCAUGGGAGGAGGUCAAGGAUGGUAA